AUGACCAAGCCCAAAAGCGCUGUCAUUGUAGGUGCAGGUGCUGGUGGCAUUGCCAGCGCUGCCAGGCUCGCCAAAGCUGGUUUCCGAGUCACUGUACUCGAGAAGAACGACCAUACAGGCGGACGCUGCAGCUUGAUCUACGAUGGCGGCCACCGCUUCGAUCAAGGCCCUUCUCUACUCCUCUUGCCUGAUCUGUUUGAAGAAAUCUUUACCGACCUAGACACGUCCCUCGAGGCCGAAGGGGUAGAGUUGCUCAAAUGCGAGCCCAACUACAAUGUCUGGUUCGGCGACGGGGAGUGCAUCGAGCUGUCAACGGAUGUAGCCAGAAUGAAGAAGACAAUCGAGCGUUGGGAAGGGAAAGACGGGUUCGAGAGAUAUCUCGCAUGGAUGAAGGAGGCCCACGUCCACUACGAGGCUAGUGUCGUUCAUGUGCUGAGGAAGAACUUCUCCACAAUGUGGGCAAUGGUUCGUCCGAGUUUCUUGCCAUACCUGCUGGCCCUUCACCCAUUCGAAAGUAUAUGGAACCGGGCAGCGCGAUACUUCUUGACAGAGCGACUCAGGAGGGCCUUCACUUUCGGGAGCAUGUACAUGGGCAUGAGUCCCUAUGAAGCUCCUGGCACCUACAGCCUCCUUCAGUACACCGAAUUGGCCGAAGGUAUAUGGUAUCCAAAGGGCGGGUUCCAUAAAGUCUUGGAUGCCUUGGUUAGAGUUGGCCAUCGUCUCGGGGUUGAGUACAGAUUGCUGGCGCCCGUCGCGCGGGUGAAUGUCGACGGAUAUUCCCAACGCGCUACGGGUGUCACCUUGGCCUCUGGGGAAGUUGUGAACGCCGACAUUGUCCUGGUUAAUGCCGAUCUCGUCUAUGCCUACAACGAGCUGCUGCCGCCUUCUGAUCAAGCAACAUCAUUGUCGAAGAAACCGGCUUCUUGCUCCAGUAUCUCGUUCUACUGGUCUAUGGACAAGGUGGUUCCGGAGCUCCACACGCACAACGUCUUCCUUGCAGAUGAGUACCAAGACAGCUUUGACGACAUCUUCAAGCGACAACAGAUACCGAAAGAUCCGUCUUUCUACGUCCACGUACCCUCGCGUAUAGAUCCGACGGCAGCUCCCGAGGAUCGAGACAGCGUGGUGGUGCUCGUCCCGUGCGGUCACCUACUGGAAGGAGAGGCUGAUCGAGGUCUGAACCCGCGAAGCGCUCAAGAUUGGGAGGCUAUGGUGGCGAAAGCUCGCCAUGCAGUGUUCGAAACGAUUCGCCUACGGACCGGGGCCGAUCUUGCGUCCCACGUGGCCCACGAAAUCGUCAACACACCAAGUACAUGGAAAAAGAGGUUCAAUCUUGACAAGGGGGCCAUCCUCGGAUUGAGUCACUCGUUCUUCAAUGUCCUCAGUUUCAGACCCGGGACGAAACACGCAGCAAUCGGAGGCGUGUAUUUCGUUGGAGCCAGCACUCACCCUGGAACAGGGGUGCCAAUUGUGUUGGCUGGGAGCAAGAUCACGACUGAGCAAAUACUCGAUGACCUUGGUAUGAUCAAGCCAUGGGUUCCGGGCAACCACAAGAGGAGGGUGGUAAGCGAUCUGGACAAGCGGGGAAAGCGUCCUCUGGGCCUCGAGCACACCCUCAUUGCUGUCUUGCUUGCGUUGUUGCUGGUGCUUAUGAUCACAGUCACAUGA